AUGUACACCGUGCUGAUUAGAUCUGUAGACACUGGUGAAAAUAAUUUGGAAGGAGCAGUCGGUCAAGCAGCUUCAGAUGAGCUGAUCAGGACAGCUCUGUCAGUGUUUGAAGCAGUAACACAGCAUCCAGCCUUGCUGACACUUUACCACUCCCCAGUUUUGGACUGUAUCCUUUCUCCUUUAGUCUCCCUGGUAUGCAGCCAAAAUGUGGAAUGGAGACUCUUCAGCUUGCGGCUGCUUGCAGAAACCACAUCACUGCUUGUAAAUCAUGAAGAUGUGGGUGAAAGGAGAGAGAAGAGCCUUCAGUCAAAUAGAACUUUUCUAACUGUGGCCAGAAAUUCAUUACUUCUACAGUAAAUUUUGGACUAAAAUGGAAUCAUGUUGGGUAGAAUUAUAAACCUAC